CUCCAGCUCAGACACAGAUGUUCCUCCAGCAGCUCUGAAGUAACACUGCUUGCCGGAUACAAUGUCAUACCCAGGGGUUCGUGGUCCACCUCAGCUUUCUAAGAGGACUCGCUACUGAUGAAAUCAGAUGCUUAGAGAAGCAUGAGAUGCGGGGCUUUAGCUGAUAUUUCAUCUCGGAGUGGCUGGUAAAUCCCCACAGCUCAGUACAGCGCUGCUUUGCACUGCUACAACUUUCUUCAAAGCAAACUCUUGGUAAAAUCCUCCAAUUUCCCUCUGAUUGUGAACCAGUGUGAAGACUGGAAUGAUUUGCCUGUUGGAAGAAUGUUGACUCUCGAGUGGGAGUCAGAGGGACUGCAAACAACACUGUAGAAGAUGAAAUGGAAAUGGCCACAGUACGACAUAGACCUGAAGCUCUUGAACUGCUGGAAGCACAGAGUAAAUUCACAAAGAAGGAACUCCAGAUCUUAUAUAGAGGUUUCAAGAAUGAAUGCCCCAGUGGUGUUGUCAAUGAAGAAACCUUCAAAGAGAUUUACUCUCAGUUCUUUCCACAGGGAGAUUCCACAACUUAUGCACAUUUUCUGUUUAAUGCAUUUGACACUGAUCACAAUGGAUCUGUAAGUUUUGAGGAUUUUGUUAUGGGUCUCUCCAUUUUACUCCGAGGAACAGUACAAGAGAAACUGAAGUGGGCUUUCAAUUUGUAUGAUAUAAAUAAAGAUGGAUAUAUAACUAAAGAGGAAAUGCUUGAUAUCAUGAAAGCAAUAUAUGAUAUGAUGGGAAAAUGCACCUAUCCUAUUCUCAAGGAGGAUGCACCUAGACAACACGUGGAAACGUUUUUCCAGAAAAUGGACAAAAACAAAGAUGGAGUAGUUACCAUAGAUGAAUUCAUUGAGAGCUGCCAGAAAGAUGAGAACAUAAUGAGAUCCAUGCAGCUCUUUGAAAAUGUGAUUUAAUGAAGACAUUAGGUCUACAAUUAAUGGACAAAUAUGAGUUAUUCUGCAACAUUAUCUAAAAGAUGGAUUUCCACUUUAUCAUAAAUAAAAUUACUCAGCUUUACACUGAGACAUGUA